CUCUCUCUCGUACACACUCACACACACACCAUACAAAUUAAACAGAGAAAGAGUUUGCAUCUCCUCCGCGUCUCCUUCGCCUCUUCUUGUGGGGGUCUUAGCCUCUCUCUCUGUGUGUCUGUGAUCUCCCCCUACACCUUAGCCGCGCCUAUUCAUCACCAUCUUUAUAUGCACGUUGCAUGCCAUUUGUUUUCCGGCGAAGAAAUAGAGAGAGAGAGAAUAAACUUUGCACACACUUUUGUUAGAUCUCUUUGACAUUCCCAACGACAUAAAAGGGAUCAGAAAAGUUAUAGCAGUCAAGGCAGAAAGAGCGAGUUUGAGGUGGUCAAAAGGAAGCUUUUGCUCACUAGCUACCUCUUUUCAACGGGGGAGAGGCUUGAUUUCCACUGCAGAAAAAUCUCACCAGCUCCUGCAGUAGUUAAUUUGAUGGCAUCUUCAUCCAACUCUCCGUGCGCUGCUUGCAAGUUCCUCAGACGGAAGUGCCAACCGGAGUGCGUGUUCGCUCCAUACUUCCCUCCGGAUCAGCCCCAAAAGUUUGCCAACGUCCACAAAGUCUUCGGGGCAAGCAACGUCACCAAGCUGCUAAACGAGUUGCACCCUUGCCAGCGUGAAGAUGCUGUCAACUCCCUGGCCUACGAGGCAGACAUGCGCCUCCGCGACCCUGUCUAUGGCUGUGUGGGGGUCAUUUCUCUGCUCCAGCACCAGCUCCGCCAACUCCAGAUGGAUCUCACCUGCGCCAAGUCCGAACUCUCCAAGUAUCAGAGUUUAGGCAUCACAGGCCAGGCUGGCCUCAUCGCCGCAGCUGCAGCAGCCGCAUCUAAUCACAACCACAACCACCAGAUCAGCAACCUCAUUGGUGGUGGAGGCGGUGGUGGAGGGGGCCAUCACUAUCACCACCAGUUCUUCCCAAGGGAACACGCGCAUCAACAUAAUCAGCAGCAACACCAGAUAAUGGGCAACAAUAACGGCGCCUACGAUGCAAGCCUUCUAGCUAUGAAUGUCUCCGCAAACAUCGGCCCAUUUCACCAACCCAGAGCUGCUGCAGGAGAUGAUCGCUGCAGCACCAUUAAUCCUUCCUAGCACCAGCAGGGUUAUGAACUUCGAAGGGAAGGGAUUCCCCGUUAAGAAAAGAAAGGAAGAGAGAUAUGUACUUGAAGAAAUUUUUAUUUAAAGAGUCCGGAUCAUAUAUAUGCAUGGAUAUAUAUAUAUAGCUUUUGUUUUCUUACGGACCAUUUUUGUUAUAUCCACCUCCAUGUCUCUUUCCAUUAGUUUUUACCAUUUAUGUCCAUCUUAA